AUGGCCUUCCAAGGAGCCUCUUCCUCUUAUUCAUCCACCCAUCGAUGGAAUUAUGAUGUAUUCUUGAGUUUUAGAGGUGAAGAUACUCGUGACAAUUUUACUGCCCAUCUACAUCAAGCUUUGCUUCAAAAGGGAAUCAACACUUUCAUAGAUGCUGAUCAGCUUAGAAGCGGAGAGGAAAUUUCUCCAGCACUUCUCGAAGCUAUUGAAAAAUCAAGAAUUUCAAUCAUUGUAUUCUCUCAAACCUACGCAUCAUCCAAAUGGUGCUUGGACGAGCUUCUGAAGAUCCUUGAAUGUAAAGAAACAAAUGGACAAAUGGUUAUGCCAUUGUUUUACAAGUUGGACCCAUCAGAUGUCCGACAUCAAAAGAACAGUUUUGAAGAAGCAUUGGCUAAACAUGAAGAAAGGUUCAAAAAUGACAUCAAAGUGCAGAAGUGGAAGACGGCCCUAACAGAAGUCGCCAAUUUGUCUGGGUGGCCCUUAGGGAAUGGGAAUGAAGCUAAAUUUAUUGACAAAAUCGUUCAGACUGUAUCAAGAAUCGUAAAUCACAUAGACUUACACGUUGCCAAGUAUCCAGUUGGAAUAGAUUCUCGUGUACAUAAGGUUAAUUCACUCUUAAGUAUUGAUAAGAAUGAUAGACGCAUGGUUGGGAUCUUAGGACCGGGUGGAAUUGGUAAGACAACUAUUGCUAAAGCUAUCUACAACUCGAUUGCUUUUCAGUUUGAAGGUAGUUGUUUUCUUGCAAGCGUUAGAGAAACUUCUAAGCAAUAUUCCGAUAUGGUCGAACUACAAAAUACUCUUCUUUCGAAAAUCCUAAGAGAUACUGUAAAGGUUGAUAGUGUUGAUCACGGAAUUUCUAUGAUAAAGGAAAGGCUUUGCUCUAAAAGGGUACUCAUUGUUCUUGAUGACGUGGAUAAUCAAUUGUUCCAAUUAGAUAAAUUGGUUGGAGAAGUUGAUUGGUUUGGUUUAGGAAGUAGGAUCAUCAUAACGACAAGAGACAACAAAGUAUUGACUAAUCACGGAGUAGUUGAUGAUCGAAUAUAUAAAGUGAAGGAAUUAGACUACAAUGAAGCUCUUGGGCUCCUUUGUUGGAAUGCUUUCAAAGGAAAAAAACCUACCGAUGAUUUUCUAAAACUGAUGAAACAUGCAAUAAGUUAUGCUGAGGGCCUUCCACUAGCGAUAGAAGUGCUAGGUUCAAAUCUGCAUGGUAAAGAUAUACAUCAAUGGAAAAAGGCAUUAGAUAACUACAAAAGAAUUCCUCACAGAAGUAUUCAAGAAAGAAUAAGUUAUCUGCCAGCAGAAAUGCCAAAAAGGUCUAAGCCCCGCACAAGGAAAGGGCUUCGCUUAGCUUGCUGCUUAUUUUGUUGCUGGUGCUCUUGCUCUUUUUUUAGUUAA